AAAAAUGCUGAGAUUCUUCCGUAGAACGCUUGGGCGUCGGUCAAUGCGCAAACAUGCUGAGAAGGAACGACUCCGAGAAGCUCAACGAGCUGCCACACACAUUCCUGCAGCUGGAGAUUCCAAGUCCAUCAUCACGUGUCGCGUGUCCCUUCUGGAUGGUACUGAUGUUAGUGUGGACUUGCCGAAAAAAGCCAAAGGUCAAGAGCUGUUUGAUCAGAUUACAUACCACUUGGAUCUUAUUGAAAGCGACUAUUUUGGACUGAGAUUUAUGGAUUCAGCACAAGUAGCACAUUGGUUGGAUGUUACAAAGAGUAUCAAAAAGCAAGUUAAAAUUGGUUCACCCUAUUGUCUGCAUUUUCGAGUUAAGUUUUAUUCCUCGGAACCAAAUAAUCUUCGUGAAGAGCUAACCCGGUAUUUAUUUGUUCUUCAAUUAAGACAAGAUAUUCUCAGUGGAAAAUUGGAGUGUCCAUUUGAUACAGCAGUUCAGUUGGCAGCUUAUAAUCUGCAAGCUGAACUUGGUGACUGUGAUCUUGCUGAGCAUAGUCCUGAACUUGUAACUGAGUUCAGGUUCAUGCCCAUUCAGACUGAAGAGAUGGAGUUGGCUAUUUUUGAGAAAUGGAAGGAAUACAGAGGUCAGACACCAGCACAAGCUGAAACCAAUUAUCUGAAUAAAGCCAAAUGGCUAGAAAUGUAUGGGGUUGAUAUGCAUGUGGUCAAGGCUCGAGAUGGGAAUGACUAUAGUUUGGGACUAACCCCAACAGGAGUUCUUGUUUUUGAAGGAGAGACCAAAAUUGGCUUAUUUUUUUGGCCCAAGAUAACUAGAUUGGAUUUUAAGAAGACUAAAUUAACUCUGGUGGUGGUAGAAGAUGAUGAUCAGGGCAAAGAGCAGGAACACACCUUUGUCUUUAGACUGGACCAUCCAAAGGCGUGCAAGCAUUUAUGGAAAUGUGCUGUGGAGCACCAUGCCUUCUUCCGCCUCCGAGGCCCUGUGCAAAAGGGUUCUCAGCGAUCAGGAUUUAUCCGACUAGGAUCACGAUUUAGAUAUAGUGGGAAAACUGAGUAUCAGACCACCAAAACCAAUAAAGCAAGAAGAUCAACAUCCUUUGAAAGAAGGCCCAGCAAACGAUAUUCUCGACGAACUCUACAGAUGCAAGCAGGUACAGCAAAACCUGAAGAACUCAGUGUUCACAGUAAUGUUUCAACUCAAAAUAAUGGUUCUCAACAGGCUUGGGGUAUGAGAUCUACUCUGCUGGGGACUUCUUCCAUUCCCUCGGGUCCUGCGCUGGUGGAGAUCGAAAACCUUCCAAGGAGUCCUGGAACAGACCAGCAUGACAGGAAAUGCUUGCCUUCGAAUAUUGAUUUGCUAGAUAGUCCAGCCUUAUUGGAAACAACUAUUGAUGAUGUAAUUGGGGCACCUAACACUGUGGAAACAUUGCAAUCACCCGAUGAAAUUAAUGUAGCCCCCAGGCAAACCGGAUUAGAGGAACCUGAAGUUGAAGGCAGGACAUUAAAAGAUGCGCCAGAGAAGCUGAAACACCUUGAGAUAGAAAACGGUUCAUUGCCCUCCCCUCGUCCCAACAUUGAUGUUAACAUCAACAACCAGGAGGAAGUGGUGAAGCUGACUGAGAAAUGCCUUAAUAAUGCCAUUGAGAGCCCAGGAUUGAACGCCAGGCGAGUUCCUCCUGACUUGAAGAGUAACAUUUUGAAGGCUCAAGUAGAAGCAGUGCAAAAGGUUACAGGAGAAGAUAGCCUAUUGAGUCAUAAAAACUCCAGUUUUCAGGAUGCUGCCACAAACAGGGCUGUAGUAAGUGAGAAUAAUGUGCCCCUCCCUGAAGAUUCCCUUGCUCCAGCACAUACCACACCUGCAGGAAAUGGUUCUGCUCUAAAGGAUGCUACGGAUGAAUUUGAUGCCUUGCUUUUAUCUCUAACUGAGAAUCUGAUUGACAGCACAGUCACACCUCAGGUAUCUUCAACAUCCAUGAUCACGCCCCGGUGGAUUGUGCCACAGAGCAGUGUCCUUUCUAAUGGACUCGCAGGAAAUGGACCAUCCUUGAUGGGGAAGGAGGGACAUGGUAGUGGAGACACGAUCUCACUGAUCUCUCCCCCAGCACCAUUCUUGGUGGAUGCUGUGACCAGAGGCACAGCUCAGGGUGACGUGGGAGGUUCCCAAGCUCUGCUCCAACUGUGAGCGGAGAACCCAUCUUGAAGCAGAAGUGUUUACUGACAACGGAGCUCUAAGGGAUUGCCUCCUCCUCGCCUGUACCUGGAAUGCCCAGCACCCUCCCACAGUCCGCCCUGGAAUCAGUUCUGCUGAAUGUGUUGGAUUCAGGAGUUUGCCCUGUACUUGUUGGUAAAACAAGUUUGCCUAGAUUUGACUUCAGUUCCAUGAAAAAACAACUACGUGUUUUGUCUGCCUGGAAGAGUUUAAUCACACUGCGUGUUUCCUCAGAUGAGG